CGAACAGAAUCGCGCCCUGCUGCCUUGAAAAAUCCUUACCGCGACAGAAGCGACAUACAGCAAUACUGCGCCCCAGAGACGGACCAGCAGUCUGCAGAGAGCGGCGGAAACGCGUCCGUAGCGAAUUCAAAAGCUCCCGCUCUUCCGUUUCCGGUUCGACCUGCGCGCCACCUGUGCACGUGACACGAGCGCGUAGUCCACAGUGCGGCGAUUUUCGAAAACUGAAAAUUCAAAAAAUAUCGGGUUACUUCUUCUGGAGUUUUGCAAUGAUCGCGGAGCGUAAACCUUAACGCUCGAUCACGACAGGAACUCGCUGAAACCGCUAAAGCCGCUGAGCUCAGACGCUGUUUCCUUGAGACCGGUUGAACGUAAACAAUUGCCUUGGCUUCAUCACCGGUCCUCGUGGGUUACAGCCUUGUCGGCGUGUACCCGUGCGCGGUGUGGAAGCCGCGACGAGCCCCAAGCCCCUCGACGUCUUCACCAUCGACGACGGUUUGCAAUCAGACUGGAGGUGGUCCCAUUCGCUCCCGGUUAACUAAUGCUACCAGGACUCAGCCCUAUCCGCAAUCCCACCCCAUCCAGCAGUACCAACACCAACAUCCACCGCCGCAACCCAUCCUGCAACAGCAGCACCACCAGCAUCAGCAACAACAACAACAACAACCCCAACCGCCGCCAGUAGUCCUGCAGCCGCAGCCACAGCAACAACAAGUGAUUAACACCAAUCAGCGAGCUUUACCACCAGUCCAAGUGGUCACAUCCUGCAGUUGUCGCGACGCGACCAGCAACACGAACGUCGACAAUCUGCCGCAAGUGUCGAACGCAACAUCAGCAACACCGAUGUUGUUCGUACCGUUCUCGGUGCCAAGCUUCGCGCCACCGAUGGCAGCAACCAACCUUCAUCCCAACAAUUGCAGUCCUUCAAAGGACAUGAAAGGUGGGUGGGCGACCUCGCCUGGGAGCAACGCGACCGCACCUACAGCAAAUCCACCCCCAACGCUGCUCGCCGUGCAGCCUCUUCUGACGCAGACCAGUACACCGGUGCAGACCCUACAGCCCAUGCCACCCAUGCCGCCCAUGCAACCGCCCCCAGCGCCGCCGAAGCAGGACACAUCCAAGCAUCAUCACAUCUUUGUCGGCGAUCUGAGUCCUGAAAUCGAGACGAUGCAGCUGAAAGAGGCUUUCCUCGCUUUCGGUGAAAUUUCAGAUUGUCGAGUGGUGAGGGAUCCGCAAACACUCAAAUCCAAGGGAUACGGCUUCGUCUCUUACGUGAAAAAAACGGACGCCGAGAGCGCUAUUGCCGCCAUGAAUGGACAAUGGUUGGGGAACCGCAGCAUUCGCACCAACUGGGCUACAAGGAAACCUCCAGCUCCGAAACCAGAAGGUAAUAUGAAACCGCUCACCUUCGACGAAGUCUACAACCAGAGCAGCCCUGGUAACUGCACUGUCUAUUGCGGUGGCAUCACCAACGGCUUGAACGAAGAUCUGAUGCAUAAAACCUUCAACCCUUUCGGAUCCAUCCAUGAGGUCCGGGUCUUCAAGGAGAAAGGAUACGCAUUCGUUAGGUUCACCACAAAGGAGGCUGCAACCCAUGCUAUUGUAGCUGUUCACAAUACAGAUGUGAAUGGGCACGUUGUCAAAUGUUCAUGGGGUAAAGAGAGCGGUGAUCCCAAUAACACCCCGGCCACCGGGCAGACUUUGACAAGCGCGCAGUACCCUUACGGUGCUUACAGCCAGCAGUUGGGUUAUUGGUACCCUCAGAGUUUCCCAACAACUGCAGCGGCCGCUCAAAUGCAAGGUCAAUUCUUGCAGGGUAUGCAAGGUUACACGUAUGGACAGUUUGCAGGAUACCAGCAGUCGUACAUGGGCAGGAUGGGUAUGCAAGUGCCCACCACCUGGCAGGGAAUCCCGGGACAACCUCAGAUACCCACAACUCCGCAGCAGAUGGCUGCGCCGGGGGCCGCAGCCCUUCAGCAACCUGGACUCGUGUUUCCCAUUCAACAGUAUCAAGCUCAAUAAUGAUACACAUAUUAGUCAUCAACGUGAAUAGUGAUAUUUAUUCAAAUUCUAACCUCCGAUUAACAUACAUAUAAAUAUAUAUAUAUUUCUAUACGUGUAUAUGUAUAUAUAUUUAAAUAUAUGUAUCGCGGCAUUUGUAAAGAUAACCAACUUUGUGCCAAAAUUUUGAACCCUUAACACAAAAGUAAAUUCAAGUAUAAUAUAUUACACACAUUCACACAAGAACAUUGAAGUCCGACCAUUUUAGAGAACCACCGCAUUGCAUCAUUGUGUCCGGGGGGUAGGGUUUUCUCUAUGUUCGAGUGAAUGCUGAGAGGGUGUAGAACCUGCACACUGCACGUGACUGGCCUAAAAGAGGUACAUGUCAUUUAGGCCAGAUCACGGUUCAGACCCGUGAGCUCUCACCGGUUUGUGUAUGAGUGAGUGAGUUCCGCGUAUAUCCUGAUGACGCAAAUCAUCUGUUGGCAGCUAGCAGACGAGGAAUGGUUAGCACCCUUAGUGUAAACUGGUAACACCGGUUUUAAGGGUUUUUGCAAACAAAAAUGGUAUCAAAACAAAAAAUAUAAAAGCAAAUCGGUCGACGAUGGGCGCCCUUCGGAGAUACUAUUCCCCCUAUCUGUGCUCUGUAUCUCUGCUGCUCUACAACCAUCGUUCUUCGCAACAUCAUACUUCUACUCGGCAAUUCGGACAAACGGACUGCACUCCGGAGACCUUCAAGACAUCGUCGACCUGCACACUUCGUCCGCUUCCAUUCGACUCUCGAACGACCACUACCUAUGCCACCAUCUCCCAUUUUCCUCCUCCGCUCCUCUCAGUUACUUUUUCUUUAUUCUUUAACUAUCAAAGCUAUAUAUAUCAUUUCAUUUUUGUUGUUACUUUUGAUACACGAAUAUGAUUUUGAACAUGUCAGGCGUGCUCUAGCUCCUAAGUGUUUAUAUAUGUAAAAAUUAUGGCCCCCCAAAGCCGUACUGUUAUACUAUGUUACAUUUAUUUCUGUUCCAUUGCGUUAACCUUUCCGUUUUUCUUUUUCAUUUACAAUU